CCUCUUUGUUAAACUUCGCCGCCAUGGAUGACACUGACAUGACCGAUGUCGCCUACGAUAUUGACAUUGAUGUAGGCGAAGACAUAGCACCGGCAGCACAAGCGUCGCAACCACAGCAGGUUGUCCAAAACAACGCGGCCGAAGCAGAGCGAAGCGUGCCCGCGGCCUACACCGAGGACAUUAUUGUACACGAGCCAUGGCCGGAAUCCCUCAACCUCCAGGGCGUGAGCGACUUCGACCCCAACGAUCCGCUCUACUGGGCUAUGGAGCAUUGUCAGUCAGACCCGCGCGUCAAGCAGCUGCGCUGGGUCAACGACAACUCGGUCAACCUCGAGUUCUACAACAAAGAAGACGCGACGCUUGCCCUGACCAUCCUCACACACCCCGACAACGGUGACUUCAGCAACGUCUCCAUGCAAGAGCCCCGGAAGGCGAAACCGUACUCGAAGAAGCCGGACAGCGUGCUCAUGGUCAGGCAGUCCAACGCCGGGGAUCAGAAGCCGAGGGGCGCGGCCACUAGGAGCAACUACUACCAGCGCAACCCCGAUGUCGCUGGCAACCGCCAGAGGGAGCCACGGCGAAAGCCGCCUCCGAAGAAAGACUAUCUGGAUUACGGCGAUGAGGAAAUGGCAUCUGGUGAGCGACCAAGGCGGAGAAAUAGUGGAGAUGAGUCCAUGGGCGAUUCGGGCCUUGACCAGAGGGGCCCGCGCCGGAACGGACGAGACUUUCGCGACGACCGCGACGGGCGAGACAACCGGGGUCGCGGCAGGGGGGGCCGUCAACCAGCUUCAGGCAGGCUCAGGAACGAUGCCCAGGGCCAAGACGUCGACUCGUACCGACCAGGCUCAAGAAGUCCGGCAGAGCCACGCUUUGGUCGCCUGCGAGGACGCAGUGCCUCCCCGGCCUCUGACGAAGAAGGCGACGGCCGAUUCGGGUUUGCCGAGCACGAAACGCAUGCAGGCCGUCGGCGGUACCGCAGCCGAAGUCGUAGCCGUAACAACCGCCGUCGUCGCGAACCCAGCCUGGAUCGUUGGACGCACGACCGUGCCAACUACGAUCGUCAGAAUGGCCCUACAGCUGGCGGACGUUGGCAGAAGGACGCUUUCUUUGUUGACACUUCACCAAUGGGCAACCACCAUCGGUCAAACGCUAUAGACGUAUCCAAGACACGAGGAGGCGGGGAAUCGCUACUUUCGCGCAUGACCAAGAACGGACAGCCCGUGCUACCGCAGCCGAAGCGAUCGCUAGCUGACAGGAUUACACGCGAUGAUGAUGAGCCCGAAGAGUUGUUUGGCCGCCUAAAAGGUGACGACCGUGAUCCUCAUGUUACCGACUUCUCGGAGCCAUCACGGUCUCGUCGCGGUCUGGCAGAUCGUAUCACGCGCGACGGCGACAUCAACAUUCGCGGUCAAGGACGAAACCGGAGCCAAGAAGGCAUUAACAUCCGCGGCUCCGCUGAGCGAAGCGGAGGAGGCGGUAUCAAUAUACGUGGUGUGGCAAGCGGUGCCUAGAAUGCUUCCGCUACUGAGAGAGAUGGACGCGGAACAAUGAGAAAUCAUUCGUCUCCCCAAACUGGCAGAAAUUUAGAUACUAUUCUGAUUUGUCGCCGUCGCAGCUUUGGAAUCAUCAUGGAGGAUCCCGAGUUUUGAGCAGAGAUUGGACAUAAUUAACAUGGCAGCCCACGGGUGGCUAAUCAAGCGGGCCUGAAUGAAGUUGCUUACUACUCUACUCUACUGUACAAUUUUCUUACCUUGUCUUGCAUCCUACAGCGGAGUGGCAUCCACUCAAAAGCGUCACCAAAACUGCAAGCCUCUUUUGCUUAUGGCAAGCUGAAGGUUCAAAGCUUAAUCGAGAUACCAGUCCAUGAUAAUCAUUC